AUGAGGACGGUCCCGACCACGAUUCUCCUCCUGCUGCUGCUCCUCGCGUUGCCGCCGGCGCCGGCCGUGGCGCUCACCGACGACGGCCUCGCGCUGCUGGCCUUCAAGGCGGCCGUGACCGACGACCCGGCCUCGGCCCUCGCCAAGUGGUCCGAGUCGGACGCCGACCCGUGCCGCUGGCCCGGCGUCACCUGCGCCAACAUCUCCUCGCAGCCGCGCGUGGUCGGCCUGGCCGUCGCCGGCAAGAACGUGGCCGGCUACAUCCCCUCCGAGCUCGGCUCGCUGCUCUUCCUCCGCCGGCUCAACCUCCACGACAACCGCCUCACGGGCGGCAUCCCGGCCGCGCUCUCCAACGCCUCCUCGCUCCACUCCAUCUUCCUCUACAACAACGCGCUCACCGGCAAGCUCCCCAUGGCGCUCUGCGACCUCCCGAGGCUGCAGAACCUCGAUGUUUCCCGGAACUCGCUCUCCGGCGAGCUGCCGCUCGACCUCCGGAACUGCCGGAGCUUGCAGCGUCUUAUCGUCUCCAGAAACACCUUCUCUGGCGAGGUGCCCGCCGGUGUUUGGCCGGAGUUGUCCAGCCUGCAGCAGCUCGACCUCUCCUCCAACGCCUUCAACGGCUCCAUCCCGCCGGACCUCGGCCAGCUCCCCAAGCUCUCCGGCACACUCAACCUCUCGCACAACCAGUUCUCCGGCAUCGUGCCGCCGGAGCUCGGCCGCCUCCCGGCGACCGUCACUCUCGACCUCCGCUUCAACAACCUCUCCGGCGCCAUCCCGCAGACGGGCUCCCUCGCCAGCCAGGGCCCCACCGCGUUCCUCAACAACCCCGCUCUCUGCGGCUUCCCGCUCCAAGUUGCCUGCCGAGCCGUCCCACCGCCGACGCAAUCGCCGCCGCCACAGAACACCAGUUCAUCAACAGCCUCCGCCUCUAACGACAGCCAGCACCAGCCAAUUAAAUCAAGCCUGAUAGCGCUCAUCUCCGUCGCCGACGCCGCCGGCGUCGCCCUCGUCGGCAUCAUCCUGGUGUACAUAUACUGGAAAGUCAAGGACCGGAGGGAAGGCCGCGGCGGCCGUGGCCGCGCAAUCGCCGAAGACGACGACGACGAUGAUCGGAACAAGGGGCUGUGCGGCUGCAUUUGGGGCCGCCGCGACAGAGGUUGGGUUGACGGCUCGUCGGACGACGAGGAAGAAGGAGACGGCAAGUGCAGCGGCGCCGACGGGGAGCUUGUGGCGAUCGACCGGGGAUUCCGGAUGGAGCUGGACGAGCUGCUCCGGUCGUCCGCGUAUGUGCUGGGGAAGGGAGGGAAGGGGAUCGUGUACAAGGUGGUGGUGGGCAAUGGCUCGACGCCGGUGGCCGUCCGGCGGCUGGGCGGCGGCGGUGGUGGCGCAGAGAGGUGCAAGGAGUUCAGGGCGGAGGCGCGGGCGAUGGGGCGGGUGCGGCACCCCAACGUGGUGCGGCUGCGCGCUUACUACUGGUCACCGGACGAGAAGCUCGUCGUCACCGACUUCGUCGGCAACGGUAACCUCGCCACCGCGCUGCGUGGGCAUCUCCCUUCGCAUGCAACUAACGAUGUCUGCGCGUGGAAGGUCAAGCCAGUGUUUGCACAUGGUCCACCAGCACCCCGGACGUGGAUUUGGCAUGUGGCUGGAGCAUGGAUCAAGCUUAAUCGUGUUGCACCUCGGCGUGCGGCCCCUCUCAGACGUCUCUAG